UAUAUUGGAAGUUGAUUUUAAAAACAAAAAGAUAUUGUUCUUUGGUUAAUUAGCAUAAAUAUCAUCGAACAUUGAUUAAAAUUGAUUCAUAGUUGCCUUUUCCUUAAUGAUAGCUCAGCAUAUCAUCUAUACUAUCUUCUAUCCUGAUCGACACAAUCCAUUGUUUCUUUUCCUAAUGUGAUCACCUCAUUGAAGCUUAUCGAUUUUCUCGACUUGGUCCUAUCCAGAUACACAACUACAAUCAGUUAUUUUUUUCAUUUUAUACUUUGCAUUUGUGUUGAUUGUUAUUACUAUGUAACAAUAUUUGUUUUGAAUUUUCUCUUGGAUGUAAGCUGUUUUAAAAGUACAAGUCAAUGAAGAUUAAAAGUAAAUCACGGAAAAAUGAUUCUUCAUUUGCUGGACUGUCAUCGCCUUUACCAGGUUCUUACGCAGCAACCUCUAAAGCGAUCUCUGGACCAGUUCAGUAUAAAAGUCGUAAUUGGGAUGAUUUGGCCUUUGUAUUCUUCUUUGUAGCAGUACUUGGUACCUUCAUCUUCGAAACGUCCAUUGUUGUACCUAAAAUUUACUCAAAAGAUUUCCAUUCAUCAGCUGGACCAGUUAUUCAUUAUAUUACUGGAUUUUUCAUUUUGCACAAUAUUUUAGGCAAUUUUGUACAAAUUAUUCGUCACCAAAGCACCAUUAAAGGAAAAUUGUUGCUAUUCAGCAAUCAGCCAUCAUCAUCCUUCUCAUCAAAAACAUCUUCAGCAAACAAUCAGCGCUACUGUUUUACCUGUGAAACUUACUUACCACCAAGAUCAUACCACUGUUCAUCUUGCGGUGUCUGUAUUCUUAAACGAGACCAUCAUUGUACCUUUGCUCGAGCUUGUAUUGGUUAUGACAAUUAUCGUUAUUUCCUUGCGUUAAUAUUUUACAUUUCCAUUGGAUCUUUAUAUGUAUCGAUUUUGAACAUGUUUUUCAUUUGGGAUCUUCUUGGUGGUUUUACAUUUUACAACUUUAUGUCUCAUACUUUUCCGUUUAUCUUUUGGCUUUUCGGUCUACUCCACUGGUACUCAACAAUGUGCUGUUUAAUUUCAAUCAUCAAUAUCGCAGCUUUUCUAUUUACCACCGGUCUUGUUUUCUACCACGGCUCAAUGGUCAUAGCCAAUCAAACUGUACAUGAAAGGGCUAAAUCAAUCACAGAUUUCGAUCUUGGUAAUUGGAGAUCAAAUGUUGAACAAACUUUCGGCUCGAGAUGGAUAUUAACCUUUAUUUCGCCCAUAAUUUACUCAAAACUGCCUGGUAAUGGAAAAGACUUCCCGUCUAAAAGAGAUUACAAUCUUAAUUCACCAAAAACAAAAUAAUUAAUAGGACUAUAAAAUUAUACAAUAACUUAAUCUUAAACUUAAAACUAGUCGAUUAAUAGUUUGACUCUUUCUUAUUUAUUUUUUGUGUAUCAAACUUAUCUUAAAUUAUUCAUCACCUGUCAAUAAUCAUGAUAUCAUUUUACAAAUAAAACUUGAUGAAUUAU